AUGCGGGUACAGUCUAUCCUCCGGGCUCAAUCGCUCGCCACGAGCAGUCUUCGCUGUUCUGCUCGAUCGGCAGCGAGAACGUCUUCACGAUGCGCUCUCUCGACCAUUGCUGCAUCGCGCACGCCAUACACCAAUGGAUUGAAGACCGACACAUGGAUAGAAAGCCAGCGGACCCAGCAGCAACGAAGAUGGAACUCAGUGGCCGCUCAAGUAUUAGAGCAAGCCAAAGAAGACCCAUCCGCCCUCACCCAAGAGAAAAUCGUUGAAAAUUUGAACCCUAUCGAGUGGGAAAGACUCUCGAGAGUACGAAACAUCGGUAUCGCUGCGCACAUUGACUCUGGCAAAACCACCGCCACCGAGCGUGUUCUCUUCUACACCGGCCGUAUCAACGCUAUACACGAAGUCCGCGGUAAAGAUUCUGUAGGUGCCAAGAUGGACUCCAUGGAUCUUGAGCGCGAGAAGGGUAUCACUAUUCAGUCUGCGGCCACAUUCUGUGACUGGGUCAAGAAGAACGACGAAGGAAAGGAAGAGAAAUACCACAUCAACUUGAUUGAUACACCUGGCCAUAUCGACUUUACAAUUGAGGUAGAGAGAGCGCUGCGAGUCCUUGACGGAGCUGUCAUGAUUCUGUGUGCUGUCAGUGGAGUACAAAGUCAAACGAUUACUGUCGACAGGCAAAUGAGGCGUUACAACAUUCCUAGGCUAUCCUUUGUCAACAAGAUGGACCGAAUGGGCGCCAACCCAUGGAAGGCUGUUGAUCAGAUCAACCAAAAACUCAGGAUAGCAGCUGCGGCUAUUCAGGUGCCUAUUGGACGUGAGGAUGGUUUCUUGGGUGUGGUUGACUUGGUCAGAAUGAAAGCCAUCUACAACGAAGGAUCCAAGGGCGAAAUCAUCAGGGAAACCGAUGAAAUCCCCGCAGAUCUUGUUGAGUUGUGCAAGGAGAAGAGGCAAAAGCUCAUUGAGACAUUGGCAGAUGUGGACGAUGAGAUUGCAGAGCUCUUCUUGGACGAGCAGGAGCCAACCGUUGCCCAGAUCAAGGCUGCUAUUCGACGAGCUACAAUCUCUCUCAAGUUCACUCCAGUCAUGAUGGGUUCCGCCCUCGCCGAUAAGUCUGUACAACCGAUGCUCGAUGCCGUAUGCGAUUACCUACCGAACCCCUCCGAAGUCGAGAACAUGGCGCUGGACAAGAAGCGAGCGGAAGCCCCAGUCAAGCUAGUCUCAUAUAAUGAUUUGCCAUUCGUCGGUCUAGCAUUCAAGCUGGAGGAGAGCAGCUUUGGACAGUUGACGUACAUUCGUGUAUAUCAAGGUACACUCAAGAAGGGCAUGAAUGUGUUCAACGCCAGGUCAGACAAGAAGGUUAGGAUCCCUAAGAUUGUGCGCAUGCAUUCCAACGACAUGGAGGAAGUACCGGAGAUUGGCGCUGGAGAAAUCUGCGCAGUGUUCGGUGUCGACUGUGCGUCUGGCGAUACCUUUACUGAUGGCAACCUCGCAUACACUAUGACCUCUAUGUUCGUUCCUGAGCCUGUCAUCUCCUUGUCGAUCAAGCCCAAGCACACCAAGGAUACACCCAACUUCAGUAAGGCCAUGAGCCGUUUCACCCGCGAGGACCCUACAUUCCGAGUUCACACCGACCCUGAAUCGCAAGAAACCAUCAUCUCAGGUAUGGGUGAGCUGCAUCUGGACAUUUAUGUCGAGCGCAUGCGCCGUGAGUACCGAGUCGAAUGCGAGACCGGACAGCCACAGGUCGCAUACCGUGAAACAAUCACUAAGCGCGUCAACUUUGACCACACGCUGAAGAAGCAGAGUGGUGGAUCUGGAGAUUUUGCGCGUGUAGUCGGAUGGUUGGAGCCCAGCGAGUCCCUGACCGAGAACAAGUUCGAACAACAAAUUUCCGGUGGCACGAUCUCAGAAAAGUUCCUGUUCGCUUGCGAAAAGGGAUUCAUGGCAUCAACAGCCAAGGGACCUCUUCUCGGCCACAAGGUACUGGGUACCUCCAUGGUCAUUAACGACGGAGCAACGCACGCUGUCGACUCCUCGGAAAUGGCUUUCAAGAACGCUACUCAACAAGCCUUCCGCAAGGCUUUCCAGUCAGGUGCACCACAGGUCCUCGAGCCCCUCAUGAAGACCACCAUUACCGCGCCGAACGAGUUCCAAGGUUCCGUCGUUGGACUCUUAAACAAGAGGAACGCAGUCAUCAAUGAUACAGAAAUCGGACCAGAGGACUUUACAGUGUAUGCGGAUUGCAGUCUCAACAGCAUGUUUGGUUUCAGUAGCCAGCUGCGUGCUAGUACGCAGGGUAAGGGCGAGUUCAGCAUGGAGUUUAGCCACUACAGUCCUGCGCCGCCGCAGCUGCAGAAGGAGCUUGUUGCCAAGUACGAGAAGGAGCAGAAGGAGAGGAAUGCUUGA